UCUUGCCCGCCUCUAUUGCCCAUCGUCGUUUCUUCCGAUCAGAAAAUCGCGGACGAGGAAAAAGCGAACCUCCCUCGGAACUGAAAAACCCCAUCAAAAACUGCUCCAAUUCCUCGCCAAUCAGUCGUCAUACUCCAUCGAUAAAAGCUCACUUCCAUCACCUCCACUAUUCGGUUCUUCCAUCUGUAAGAAUCCCUCUCUCUUCCCCGAAACCCAAACCUUAAUUUCUCAAAAGAUCUUCGGAUCCCUCUAUUCAAGGGUUUUGGUUCAUGAAAUCUUUCUUGGGUUUUUUGGUGAGAAGUGCUUUAGAUACUCAGGGGCAUUUCCUUAAUUGAUCUUUUGAUUAGGGUUUUGUUCUUGAUUUCUAAAGCAAGGGACUGAAAUGAAUUUUUAGUUUUUUUUUUUUUUUAUAAAUAUUUUCCUUUAUAGAUUCUUAGAAUCAGGGCAUUAUCUGCCGUCGAUCUCGAUUCUCGCGGGGAAUCGAUCAAGAUCGUUCAGAACCCUCACAUGGGUUUCUGAGUUUAGGGCAUUUUCCGGUGCCGAUUGUCGGGUUGGUGGUUUCUUUAGGUUCGAAGUCAAUCCUGUAAUUUUCAGCCAAUUCGGGUCCGGAAUUUUAAAGGGAGGAAGAAAUGUCGAGCGCUGGGGUUACAGUCAGCCCGAUUCGUGAUGACUCGGUUCUUUCACCGGGUUGUUAUUCGAGCGAGUCGAUCCUGAUCUAUCUCACGGUUGGGGGAUCUGUGAUACGGGUGCCGGUCAUGGAGUCCGAUUCAAUAGCAUCCGUCAAACUACGGAUCCAGACCUGCAAAGGGUUUGUGGUGAAGAAGCAGAAGCUAGUUUUCGGAGGCCGAGAGCUGGCCCGGAAUGACUCUCUCGUCAGGGAUUAUGGAGUUACAGAUGGGAACGUCCUGCAUUUGGUCCUACGGCUCUCUGAUCUCCAGGUCAUCACCGUCAGGACCACGUGUGGUAAGGAAUUUGAAUUUCAAGUCGAGAGGAGUAGAAAUGUGGGGUACGUCAAAAAGCAGAUUGCAAAGAAGGGUAGGAAUUUUGUCGACCUCAAGGAUCAAGAGCUGGUUUGCAACGGAGAGAGGCUUGAUGAUCAGAAGCUGAUCGAUGACAUCAUUAAGAAUAAUGAUGCUGUGAUCCACUUGGAGGUUCAGAAAUCGGCGAAAGUCCGGGCCAGGCCUGUUGAGAAGAAUUUCGAGCUGUCGAUUGUGGCGUCAGAUUUGAAUUGUAAAAAGGGCGAAAAGGUGGAAGCGGAAAGGCCUGGGACAGGAUCGGUGGAGCUUCAGCUCGGGGAGAGGAAGCCACCAGAUCGUGAUUUCUGGUUGGAACCAGUUGUUAAUCCGAAAAUCGAAUUGUCGGACGUGAUUAAUGAUCUGAUCAAGGCCACAAUUGCUGGUUUAGUGAAGGGGAAUCCUCCUGUCGUCUCUUCAGAGGGCACAGGCGGAGCUUAUUUCAUGCAAAAUUUCUCAGGCCAAAAGUACGUAGCUGUUUUUAAGCCGAUCGAUGAAGAGCCCAUGGCCUUGAAUAAUCCUCGGGGGUUGCCUGUGACAGAGGAUGGGGAAGGGUUGAAGAAGGGGACGAGGGUAGGAGAAGGCGCUUUGAGGGAAGUCGCAGCUUACAUUCUUGAUCAUCCGAGAAGUGGGCGUCGGUCAUUUUCAGGCGAUGAGAUUGGCUUCUCUGGUGUGCCUCCAACGGCUAUGAUAAGGUGCUUACACAAAGGUUUUAAUCACCCACAAGGGUAUGAGUAUGCGGCUGAGAAUAUCAAGAUUGGAUCGUUGCAGAUGUUUGUGAAGAACCAUGGGAGUUGUGAGGACAUGGGCCCUCGGGCUUUUCCAGUGGAAGAGGUUCAUAAGAUCUCUGUGUUGGAUAUAAGGUUGGCAAAUGCAGAUCGGCAUGCUGGAAAUAUUUUGGUCUGUAAGGAGGAGAACAAGGGUCAGAUUGUGCUUGUGCCAAUCGAUCAUGGGUACUGCUUGCCUGAGAAUUUUGAAGAUUGCACGUUUGACUGGCUCUACUGGCCACAAGCUCGCCAACCUUACAGCCCCGAAACAAUCGAAUACAUAAAAUCCUUGGAUGCUGAGCAAGACAUUGCCCUCCUGAAGUUCCAUGGCUGGGAGCUAUCGCAUGAGUGCUCCCGCACACUUCGCAUCUCCACCAUGCUUCUCAAGAAGGGUGCAGAAAGAGGGCUCAGUCCAUUCGCCAUUGGAAGCAUCAUGUGCAGGGAAACCCUCAAGAAGAAAUCAGUGAUCGAGGAGAUUGUCUGUGAAGCUGAGGGAGCCGUGCUUCCAGGCAUGAGCGAAGCUGCAUUCCUCGAAACCGUUUCUCAGAUCAUGGAUCGUCACCUCGACGAACUCACUGUAUAAGCGAGCGGGUUCGGGAUAUAUGGAUAGAUAUGUAUUGUAUUUUUAGUACUAUUUAUGGGACUGGACAGCUUACAAGGUGUAAUUGGCGGAUGGACCAAGGCAUGUAUGUAUGUUUGCCUAUGGCGGUUCAAGCAUAUCUACUCUCUCCCUAUUCUUGUUCAUAUGACAUGAAUCUGCAACGCCGAGGUGGCUGCUGCAGUAGGGUGAGAAGUUCUUUAGUCUUUCUUUACUCCUUUUUUAUAAAUCUUUUUUUUUUUUUCUCUGUUCUUUCAAUUGUUCAUGGAAUGUUCUUUGAGAGAAACUUGAAACAGAUUCCCAAGAACUCUUCAAUUGUCUCUGAGAGAGUUUUCAUUCGGACAAGAAUGCAAGAUCUUGCUAUUUAUAUCCAGUUUGUUAUAUUCAUGUAUUAAGGUCUGAUAGUAUAUAUCUGAAAAAAGUGUGAUGAUUUCUUCUUCUGUA